UAGUUUCCUGCAGUGAUGUCACAGGGACCGGCUCCUCUUCUUCUGCUGUUUCUGCUCAUGAUUCCAGGGGUUUCUAGUGCUGGUUGGGGUGUGAGUUACAGUCCUUCACACAUCUGUGCACUAAAGAACUCAUCAGUGAUAAUGAGCUGCUCUUAUACAUACCCUACUGGACUUCAGAUCAAGAAAGUGUUCUGGACCAAAGGUGCUGUAAAGGAGGAUGUAGAGUCUCCAGAUCUGUCUGAGGACCCUGAAUUCAGUCAGAGGCUUCAGUAUCUGGGAGAUAAACAGCAGAACUGCACCAUCAGACUGAGUCAUGUGACACUGAAGGAUUCAGACAUGUACUAUUUCAGAUUCAUCACUGAUAAAAACAAAUGGAUUGGUAAACCAGGAGUGACUCUUUCUGUCACAGAUCUUCAGGUGGAGUCUCCUGAGAGAGUGACAGAGGGAGAUUCAGUCCGUCUGACAUGUAAAAGCAGCUGCACUCUGACUGACAGAGCAACAUUCAUCUGGUACAGAAACUCACAGCCAUUAACUGAGAGAAGAGACAGAAACAAUGAACUCCUGCUGCAGUCAGUCAGAAGAGAGGAUGCAGGCAGAUAUAGCUGUGCUGUACACGGACACAAUCACAUCUCUCCUGCUGUUCAGCUCAAUGUCAUGUACCCUCCAAAGAGCGUCUCAGUGUCCAUCAGUCCAUCUGGUGAAAUAGUGUCAGGAGAUUCAGUGACUCUGAUCUGCAGCAGUGAUUCAAACCCUCCUGCUCUGAACUUCAGCUGGUUUAAGGAGAAUGAAAGCUCAGCUGUUGGAUCUGGACAGAGUUUCAGUGCACUACAGAGUGGACGCUUCUACUGUCAGGCUCACAAUCAACAUGGAUCUCAGAGAUCAGAUGCUGUAACUGUCACAGUUCAUCAUGGUGCUGGUAGGAAUGUGAUUGUGAUCGCAGCGACAUCUGGAGGAUUAUUCUUCAUCAUCAUCAUCAUCACCAUCUUCAUCAUCUUUUUAAUAAUGAGGAAACGAAGGGAUGGUCAAACUAAAAAACAGAUCUCUGAUGCCAAUGAAGACACAUAUACAGCUCUUGAGCUCAAGUCCACGACCUCUGACCUGUACGACACACUCACAACGGUUCAUCCCAGAGCUCCUGAAGACUCCUGCAGGACUCUUGAUCCUCAGAGCUUUUCUAAACAUGAGAAUCCAUCAAUCAACAGGAAGAUGCUGCAGUAAGAGGCGGAGCAUGAAGGAACCAAUCCUGAGCUCUGUGGGCGGAGCCACAUGUGAUUGACAGGAUCAUCAGUGAUGAGUCACACAAGAGUUUCAUUUCUGUAUAGUUGAAGAAACAUGAUGUAACAGAGGAAUUAAAUGAAAGUUAAAGCUUGUUAUUGUGUAAAUAUAAAUGUUAAAAUUAAUUCAGCAGAGCAAAACACAAGUGAUGUUCAGCAAACAAGCCAUGCUUUUCAUUUUAUAACAUUUUCCUGCUUUUAAAUCAUAGUUGAUUAUUUUACCCUGAUUUACUGAACAAAAUCAUAAUUGUGUGCAUUCAUAAAGGAAUAUGUUGUUUUUUUGCUCUUAAAGUGCUCAAUAUUAUCAGCUUCUGCUAUUCUGACUCUUGUGUUCCCUUUAAAUGUUCAGUUUUAUUUGUAAUA